UGACAACCCUUGUUAACACAAGCAACAAAGGGCCAUCUGGUAAAAAGAAAGGGCGAUCUAAGAAGGCACAUGUGUUGGCUGCUUCGGUAGAACAAGCUACCCAAAACUUUUUGGAAAAAGGAGAACAGAUUGCUAAAGAGAGCCAUGAUCUCAAAGAGGAAUUGAUUGUUGCCGUAGAGGAUGUACGCAAACAAGGUGAAACAAUGAGAAUUGCCUCUUCAGAGUUUGCUGAUGAUCCAUGUUCCUCCAUGAAACGAGGCACCAUGGUGCGGGCUGCUCGGGCCUUGCUGUCGGCUGUUACUCGCUUACUCAUCUUGGCUGAUAUGGCUGAUGUCAUGAGGCUUUUGUCCCACCUGAAAAUUGUAGAAGAAGCACUGGAAGCUGUGAAGAACGCAACAAAUGAGCAAGAUCUAGCAAAUCGUUUUAAAGAAUUUGGGAAAGAGAUGGUGAAACUUAACUAUGUGGCUGCCAGAAGACAACAGGAACUGAAAGAUCCUCACUGUAGGGAUGAAAUGGCUGCUGCUCGAGGUGCUCUGAAGAAGAAUGCUACUAUGCUGUACACGGCAUCUCAAGCGUUUCUCCGUCACCCUGAUGUAGCAGCCACUAGGGCCAACAGAGAUUAUGUCUUCAAACAAGUACAAGAAGCAAUAGCUGGUAUCUCUAAUGCUGCACAGGCCACCUCACCAACCGAUGAGAACAAGGGGCACACUGGUAUUGGAGAACUUGCUGCAGCACUAAAUGAAUUUGAUAACAAGAUUAUUUUAGACCCUAUGACUUUCAGUGAGGCCAGAUUCAGACCAUCUCUUGAAGAGAGGUUGGAGAGUAUUAUCAGUGGAGCAGCACUGAUGGCAGACUCUUCAUGCACACGUGAUGACCGCCGAGAGAGAAUUGUUGCUGAGUGCAAUGCUGUACGACAGGCCCUCCAGGAUCUACUUAGCGAGUAUAUGAAUAAUACUGGGAGGAAAGAAAAAGGGGACCCACUGAACAUUGCCAUUGACAAGAUGACCAAAAAAACAAGGGAUCUACGAAGACAGCUACGGAAGGCAGUGAUGGAUCAUAUAUCUGACUCAUUCCUGGAGACCAAUGUUCCAUUACUUGUUCUUAUUGAGGCUGCAAAGAGUGGUAACGAGAAAGAAGUGAAGGAAUACGCUCAAGUUUUCCGUGAACAUGCCAACAAGUUAGUUGAGGUUGCCAAUCUGGCCUGUUCUAUCUCCAAUAACGAAGAAGGUGUGAAGUUAGUCCGUAUGGCAGCAACCCAGAUUGAUAGUCUGUGCCCACAGGUAAUAAAUGCUGCACUCACGUUGGCUGCCAGACCCCAGAGCAAAGUAGCUCAGGACAACAUGGAUGUCUUCAAAGAUCAGUGGGAGAAACAAGUGAGAGUUCUCACUGAGGCAGUUGAUGACAUCACUUCUGUGGACGACUUCCUCUCUGUCUCAGAAAACCAUAUUCUGGAGGAUGUGAAUAAAUGUGUGAUCGCCCUCCAAGAGGGGGAUGUUGAUACACUGGACAGAACUGCAGGUGCAAUCCGUGGCCGUGCAGCCAGAGUCAUUCACAUCAUCAAUGCAGAGAUGGAAAACUAUGAAGCUGGAGUUUAUACCGAGAAGGUACUUGAAGCUACAAAAUUGCUCUCAGAAACCGUUAUGCCACGUUUUGCUGAACAAGUUGAGGUUGCCAUUGAAGCUUUGAGUGCGAAUGUCCCACAGCCAUUUGAAGAGAAUGAAUUCAUAGAUGCCUCCCGCUUGGUUUAUGAUGGAGUUCGUGACAUCAGGAAAGCUGUUCUGAUGAUAAGGACCCCUGAAGAGUUAGAGGAUGAUUCAGACUUUGAACAAGAAGAUUAUGAUGUUCGCAGCCGAACGAGUGUUCAGACUGAGGAUGACCAGCUUAUUGCUGGGCAGAGUGCAAGGGCUAUCAUGGCUCAACUGCCCCAGGAGGAGAAGGCUAAGAUUGCGGAGCAGGUAGAGAUAUUCCACCAAGAAAAGAGCAAAUUGGAUGCUGAGGUGGCCAAAUGGGAUGACAGUGGUAAUGACAUCAUUGUGUUGGCAAAGCAGAUGUGCAUGAUUAUGAUGGAAAUGACAGACUUUACUAGAGGUAAAGGGCCAUUGAAGAAUACAUCUGAUGUCAUUAAUGCUGCCAAGAAGAUUGCAGAAGCAGGCUCUAGAAUGGACAAAUUGGCACGAGCUGUAGCUGAUCAGUGCCCUGAUUCAGCCUGCAAGCAGGAUCUGUUAGCAUAUCUACAGCGCAUUGCCCUCUAUUGCCACCAGCUCAAUAUCUGCAGCAAGGUGAAGGCAGAAGUGCAGAAUCUUGGAGGAGAACUUAUUGUAUCAGGGCUGGAUAGCGCUACAUCCCUCAUCCAGGCAGCUAAAAAUCUGAUGAACGCUGUGGUCCUUACUGUGAAAGCAUCAUAUGUGGCCUCUACGAAAUAUCAGAAGGUCUAUGGUACAGCUGCAGUGAACUCACCUGUUGUAUCUUGGAAGAUGAAGGCCCCUGAGAAGAAACCCUUAGUAAAGAGAGAAAAGCCAGAAGAAUAUCAGACACGAGUGAGAAGAGGUUCCCAGAAGAAACACAUUUCCCCCGUACAGGCUUUAAGUGAAUUUAAAGCUAUGGAUUCCUUCUAAAACACUAGGCUUUACGAGGAGGGUUUUAUAUUCCUUUUUGUAUGCAUACCUGCCGACUUGUAUGCGUCUGGCAUGGGGGAAAAAGCUAAUGAAGCAGUGUCAAUUUGCAUGCAACCUGAGGCUCUAUUAAAGUAAUUAACAAUCUGCAACCCACAAAUGCAGACCAAUCUAUUCUGAUGUUACAUAAAGUUAUCCCAAGCUUACUUUUUUUAAACUAUAGCCUAGAAUUGGCCAAAGAAUUUUCACCUCAAGUGUGGGGGUAAAUAAUAAACUGAAAAG